UGGGGAGGGAAACAAAAAGAACUCCACAGCACCCCCCCUUUAACGCUUCCAUUUCAGCAGACUUCAGCAAGGAUGUUUCUUCACCUUUUAAAUGUCACAACUUGCCUCCCAAACCUUCUGGUGCACACGCUGAACUGGCAGGGAAAGUUCUUACAUUCCUGAAUCAGCAGAAUGAGAGCAAUUAUGAGGUCUCUCUUUGGCAGCAAGGAGUCGACGGGGCUCGAUCCAAGCUCGUCAGCGAUAGGCAGAGGCUGUGUGACCCCAGCCGUGUUUGGGGAAUUUUGAGUUUGGAGAAAAG